AUGCGUAAAUCAAUUCCAGCUUUGCUAGCUAUAGCCUCAGUAACAUUAGCUAGUCAAAAUGUGUUCAGUGUUCACGAUGACUUGUUUGCAUUUCCACAGUAUGAAAUAGUGUUCUCAAAUGACGUUCAUUCGGAAGCGGAAGCAUAUUUUAUCGUCAAUCAUCCCUAUUCGCCUGUCACAUUUGCAAGUAAUAAAGAAGAUUUUAAAAGCAUACAAUCAUCCCAACACCCUAUUCAAGAUGGUCCCACCGAUCAUGAAUCCGAGCCCGCCAAACAAACCCACGAGCUCAUGUAUCUACAUGAUGAACUAUAUGUAUGCACAAUUCCCGUAGUUUCUCUACCUCCGCGAAACGAAACCUCGGAAGCCGAAGCUCGCGCUGCUGAGCAAAAAGAGCUUGCUAGAGCAACCGAUCGUGGCUGGGAAUUACUUCGAGAUUUGGAGAACAACUGUCUAUACUUUGUAUCUGGAUGGUGGUCAUAUUCAUUCUGCUACAACAAGGAAAUCACACAAUUUCAUCAACUACCAGCACAACCCGGAAAGGCGGCAUUCCCACCCCAACCGGAUCCAUCAGCCCAAGAAUUUGUUCUCGGAAGAGCGAAGACAUUGCCGAAGAGCAAGAGUAAGGAGGAUGAAUGGGGCAAUCAAAUAGAAGCGCAUACGGCACCCCAGAAUGGGGAAUCACCAAAAACAGAACUACAAGUCAAGGGCGACAUGCGAUACCUCGUUCAGAAAAUGGAAGGUGGUACAAUCUGCGAUCUUACAGGCAAGCCCCGCCAAGUCGAAGUUCAAUUUCACUGUAACCCUAAUGUCAAGGAUCGCAUUGGCUAUAUCAAGGAAAUGACCACAUGUUCAUACCUCAUGGUUGUUUAUACACCCCGCCUUUGCGACGACGUAGCAUUCAUGCCACCCAAGGCAGAGAAAGCCAACAGCGUAGUCUGCAAACGUAUAAUCUACGAACCCCCCUCGUCCCAGAUUGAUCCCAACUUUAUCACUUCUUCACCCUCCUUGGCCUAUCCUAAAAAUCCCAUAGUCAUUGGCGGUGUAACCGUCGGCGCAGGUAAAUUCGUCGGCAAAGAAGGACAACGUCUACCUAUCCCCCCAGACUUUGGAGAUGACAACGGAAGCCGGACUGAAAUUAUUGCACGCGGCAAAAGCAAGGUUCAGGGAGGGAAGGUCGAAGUUAUUAGUCCGAAAUCGCUGGAAUUAAUGGAUCUCGACCCCAAAAUGAUCGAAAAAUUACAAGAGGAAGUCAAGAAGUUGGCAGGGGAUAAGGGCUGGAAAAUUGAGGUUGUCGAUGUCCCAGGACAAGUUAGAGAAAUCUUGGGAAUUGUUGAGGAUGAUGGAGGACAGGGCCAUCAAAAGGGACCCGGAAAACCUAUCGAGGGAGAAUCCCAGAAGGAUAGUGAUAAGAAAGAUAAUAAUGUAUAUGAAGAUGAAGCUGGUGAAGAAGGUAGCGAGGAGAUAUUCAAGGAUGAAUUAUGA